AUGAUGAUAAUUGUGAGAGAACUAAAUGAUGCCUGUGAACGCAAUGAUAUUCAGCAUGUUCGCAAGAUUCUCAAAGCGUUUACUAUAAAUGAUUUAAAUAGAGCCGAGAAGUACGAAAAAAAUACUGCGCUUAACAUUGCAUCUCAUCAUGGAUAUCAUGAAAUUGUUCGAUUGCUUCUCGAACAUGGUGAUUUAAUGACGAAACGAAAUCAAGAUGGCUCAACACCAUUUAAUCAAACAAAAGACGAAAAAACGAAAGAAAUAUUUGCUCGGUAUCAGCGUGUACUACCUCGCUUCACCGGUGACUUGUUCGAGUGGACUGUAGCUUAUCGAGAACCAGCCAUCAAGAGACCUCAGAUUCGUCAAUAUCUUGCUCGUAAUCAUUUUAUCAAUGGUUCUUUUACAAAUAUUGCUCGCCGUUAUGUUCGCUGUUAUCUAGCACUUGAAGGCUUCCCUACUGAAGAAAUUGAUCAACUUGAGUCAAUAGGGUACACUUCUGCUGAUGAAUUUAUUUGUGCUUAUACAAGUACUAGUCGUUUCCACAAAUAUAUCAAUCGUCAUUUGGCCACAUAUGCAUUGACCUAUUUUGAUUCGUCAUUCGACAUAUCUACUCCAUAUAGCUUCAUUUAUUAUCUUCUUAGUAUUGUUGCUAUGAUUUUAAACAGCAUUCGUUUUCGGAUAUCAUUUACGGGACAUGUAUAUCGUGAUAUGCUGAUGACACAAGAAGAUCUUUAUAAAUAUGUGGUCGGCUCUCGCGUCCUCAACACAGCCUUUCUUUCAACAUCGAAAAAUCGUACUGUAGCCGAGACAUUUGCUGGUAUUCAAGAAUAUGAAACAUCGUCGAAACAAGAUUCUACACAUGUCAAUGUUCUUUGCAUAUACAAAAUUCGAAACCGAACAACGGCAUACGAUAUUGAACAACUGUCUAAUAUUCAGGCCGAAAGUGAAGUUUUAGUUUUCCCAUUUUCGGCCUUUCAUGCCACUCAUGUGCAAAAGACACCUUCUGGUAGUGUAGAAAUCGACUUGGAUGAGUGUGAGGAAGAACAAUGGUCCGAUGAUGAUGAUGCAUAA